AGCUCCGGAGUACUGACUCCGGACUCCGGACAGGAACCGCUCGGACUUCCCGGAGGGUUCCUCGCUUUGUUCUGUCUCUCUCUCUCUCUCUCAGAAUAAACCCAGAAAGAAGAAUGGCGAAGCGUGAGCUCUCCAGCACCUUGAAAAAUUUGAAGUUUAUGCAAAGGGCAGCUCAGAAAGAGGAGAAACAAAAGAAAGAAGAAGAUGAGGUCAAACCCCACGGCAAUUUCGUCUCGCCUAACACCCACAAGAAAUGCAUAGUCAUAAUGGAAGGGAGUCCCCAUCCAGGGGCAUUAAAAGGUCGGAUGUCAUUUCAAAGUUUUAAUCCUUCUAUCGAUAAACAGAAUGAAGAAGUAGCAACUCCUUGUCAAUCACAACCGUCGUCCACAAGUACUGGCAAUCAAAUCAAUUCUGAUAGAGAGAAUGAAUCCUCGCAUAUCAGAUCAGAAGGCUUAAAUGUAGGUAGACCCGAUAGUGAUUCUGAUGUAGAUCAUAAAAGGAAACAGCCAGAAGUUGACAAUGGAACACAUCCUCCAAAUAAAUCUCAGAGAAAUGUAAGUGAUGGAGGUGAUCGAUGUUCACCAGGUAGCAGUAAAGUCCCUUCCAAGCAACACAAGCGUGAGAAGCUGGACUGGAAUGUUCUAAGACCACCAAAGGCUCAGAGCAAAGGGGUUUAAACAUACUAUGUGAUCAUUUUAAUAGAUGUGCGAUUUGCUCCACCUGCAUCCAGGUUUU